CCGCGUCCCCUUUAAGAGGAUUCCUUUUGGCUCCGUCGCCCCUUCGCUUCCGCUCCGCGUUCCCACAAUGCAGUGCGGCUGAGCGCCUCCGAGCCCGCGGGGACGCUGCAGGGGGACCCGUGCUGAGGCGGCGGCGGCGACGUGGGCUGCGGCGGGCCCGCGGCGUCGGGCGGUGCGGAUGUCGGGCUGGGCAGACGAGCGCGGCGGCGAGGGCGACGGGCGCAUCUACGUGGGGAACCUUCCGACCGACGUGCGCGAGAAGGACUUGGAGGACCUGUUCUACAAGUACGGCCGCAUCCGCGAGAUCGAGCUCAAGAACCGGCACGGCCUCGUGCCCUUCGCCUUCGUGCGCUUCGAGGACCCCCGAGAUGCUGAGGAUGCAAUUUAUGGAAGGAAUGGUUAUGAUUAUGGCCAGUGUCGGCUUCGUGUGGAGUUCCCCAGGACUUACGGAGGUCGGGGUGGGUGGCCCCGUGGUGGGAGGAAUGGACCUCCUACAAGAAGAUCUGAUUUCCGAGUUCUUGUUUCAGGACUUCCUCCAUCAGGCAGCUGGCAGGACCUGAAGGAUCACAUGCGAGAAGCUGGGGAUGUCUGUUAUGCAGAUGUGCAGAAGGAUGGAAUGGGGAUGGUUGAGUAUCUCAGAAAAGAAGACAUGGAAUAUGCCCUGCGUAAACUGGAUGACACCAAAUUCCGCUCUCAUGAGGGUGAAACUUCCUACAUCCGAGUUUACCCUCAGAGAAGCACCAGCUAUGGCUACUCACGGUCUCGGUCUGGGUCAAGGGGCCGUGACUCUCCAUACCAAAGCAGGGGUUCCCCACACUACUUCUCUCCUUUCAGGCCCUACUGAGACAGGUGAUGGGAAUUUUUUCUUUAUUUUUUAGGUGAACUGAGCCUCUUUGUGCUCAGAAUCUACAUUCCAGAUUGAUGAUUUAGUGUCUUAGGAAAUUUUUUAAAUUUUUUUUUAAAGGAAAAAAAAUUACAUAAUUUCUACCAGGGCUAUAUUAGCAGUGAAAUAUUUUAAAACUGCAGAAAUUGUGGUUUUGGUUCAGAAACAAGUUGUAUAUUUUUCACCCCUGAUUAUGGGAAGAAAAUCAGCGCUGUGUCUUUGUGGGUUGCUCUGCUAUGGAGAUCAGCAGUUACUGUGACUGAGUCGGCCCAUUCUGUUUAGAAAUAUAUUUUAAACGUUUAGUAAUUGA